AUGAAAUCAGGAAACCUCUCAGAUACUAUAGAAUUCCUUCUUCUGGGACUGUCAGAGGAUCCAGAACUGCAGCCCCUCCUAUUCUGCCUAUUCCUGUACCUGGUCUCUGUGCUCGGGAACCUGCUCAUCAUCCUGGCUGUUAUGUAUGACUCCCACUUCCACACCCCCAUGUACUUCUUCCUCUCUAAUCUAUCUUUUGUUGACAUCUGUUUCACCACCACAAUGAUCCCAAAGAUGCUUGUGAACAUCCAGACACAGAGCAAAUCCAUCAGUUACACAGGCUGCCUCACAUAAAUCUGCUUUGUCCUGACUUUUGCUGUAUUAGAAAAUGGAAUUCUGGUCAUGAUGGCCUUUGAUCGAUUUGUGGCCAUCUGUCACCCACUGAGGUACAAUAUCAUCAUGAACCCCAAACUCUGUAGGCUGCUGGUUCUGCUGUCUUUCCUUAUUAGUGUUCUGGAUGCCCUUCUCCACACUGUGAUGGCACUACAACUUUCCUUCUGCACAGACCUGGAAAUUCCCCACUUUUUCUGUGAAUUAGCUCAUAUUCUCAAGCUUACCUGUUCUGAUAUCCUCAUCAAUAACAUCCUCAUGUAUUUAGUGACCAGCCUAUUGGGUGUUAUUCCUCUCUCUGGGAUAAUUAUCUCUUACACUCGAAUUACCUCAUCUGUCCUGAAAAUCCCAUCAGCUGGUGGAAAAUAUAAGGCACUUUCCGUCUGUGGGUCACACUUAAUAGUUGUUUCCCUGUUCUCUGGGACAGGUUUUGGGGUGUACCUUAGUUCUGCAGUUACACACUCUUCCAGGAAGAGUGCUAUAGUAUCAGUCAUGUACACUGUGGUCACCCCCAUGAUGAACCCCUUUGUCUAUGGUCUGAGGAACAAGGACAUGAUGGGGGCUUUGAGGAAACUUAUCUCUAGGAUAUCAUCUUUCCAUUAA